AUGUCAGCUCGCCAAAUCGACAAGAUCCUCUCCUACUGGGGUAUCACCCUUGCUGUCCAUCACGACAAUCCACUGUUUGCUGACCACAAAGACCUAUACGACACUAUUGAUGCAACACCAUUAGGCGACGUUGCAUGGCAAAGCUUCUCCCUCGAGUUCAAUGGUGAGAAAUCUGCAGAAGACCGUCCACUUUGGAUGCAACAGUCGUAUGAUGUUUGGUUCUGGGACCCUCAUGCCAUCGUGCAGAACAUGCUUGCAAAUUCAGACUAUGACGAAAUUGCACAAGACCCGCAAACACAUGGUGCAGCCUUCAUUCCCAUCAUCCUAGGUAGUGACAAGACAACGGUGUCUGUUACUACAGGUCAAAAUGACUACUAUCUGCUCUAUCUCUCAAUUUGGAAUGUUCACAACAAUGUUCAGUGUGCGCAUCGCGAUGCCUUGGUUCUGGUCGGAUUUAUGGCAAUCUCCAAGACAAACAAAAAAGGAAUCAAUGAUCCUGCAUUCCACAAGUUCAAGAAGCAGAUGUUUCACUCCUCACUUUCAAAAAUCCUCGCCAAUCUCAAACCUGGAAUGACAACUCCAGAAGUUACGUGGUGUGGUGAUGGCCACUACCGCCGUGUUAUUUAUGGACUGGGACCCUACAUCGCAGACUACGAAGAGCAAGUAGUACUGGCAGGUAUUGUCAAAAAUUGGUGCGGAAGAUGUCUUGCAUUUCCUACGAGUCUUGAUGAUGGAGGUGUUUCUCGGUCACACGAGCAUACUGAUGCCCUUGUAGAAUUGGUUAGUUUUGGUAUACUCUGGGACGAGUAUGGUAUUAUUGGCGAGCUAGUGGUAUGUCCUCCCUAG